AUACGUGGGUCCCGCCAUCAUCAACAUUCAGUUUGUCCUUUCUCGUGGAUUCCACUGAACGACUGUCGUCUUUCUUCUGAUGGCUCCAAAAACAAAAACAAAAAAAGUUCCACCAAUUUCUCCCCUCCCAUUACCUCCGUCUACCGCACCACGGCCAAGCCAAAUGCGAAUUUAAAAACACUGAACGAGAAUUCCCACAACUAACCAGCAUUCCCUCCGCACCCGAACACCAUCGGACGUCCGGUCAUGUGGCGACGAAGCUUCAGCACCGGCGCGGCCGCCUCUCGCGCACUAACCGGUAAGAAAUUUGACGCUCUGGUGAUCGGCGGCGGCCACAACGGCUUGACUGCGGCUGCCUACCUUGCUCGAGCAGGCCUCUCCGUCGCCGUGCUGGAGCGCCGUCACGUGCUCGGCGGCGCCGCCGUUACGGAAGAGAUCAUUCCAGGAUUUAAAUUCUCUCGCUGCAGUUACCUCCAGAGCCUCCUCCGGCCUUCCGUCAUCAAAGAGUUGGAGCUGAAGAGACAUGGAUUGAAGCUGCUAAGGAGAAGCCCGUCAUCGUUCACGCCGUGUGUGGAUGGACGCUAUCUUCUGUUGGGACCUGAUAAGGAGCUCAAUCGCUCUGAAAUCUCCAAGUUCUCUAGUCGCGACGCGGAAGCUUAUCCAAGAUAUGAGAGCCAACUUGAAAGGUUCUGUGAGUUCAUGGAUCCACUCUUGGACGCACCUCCUCCAGAAUCUCUGCAGAAUACUUCAUCAAUUGCUGAUCGAUUGAAGGACAAAUUGCACAAAUCCGCUUACUGGACUCGUUUCUUGCGGAGCGGUCUCUCCUUGGGGCAAAAGGAUUUAGUCGAUUUCAUGGACCUUCUGCUGGCCCCGGCUUCAAAAGUUCUAAAUAACUGGUUUGAGGCAGAGGUUCUAAAGGCGACUUUGGGAACGGAUGCUAUUAUAGGUACUACGGGUAGUGUCCACACACCAGGAAGUGGAUAUGUUCUGCUACAUCAUGUGAUGGGAGAAACCGAUGGGGAUCGUGGAGUUUGGUCGUAUGUUGAAGGAGGAAUGGGUUCAGUAUCCCUUGCUAUAAGUAAAGCUGCUAAGGAAGCUGGCGCUCAUAUUUUGACAAAUGCAGAGGUUUCACAAUUAAUCGUCAACGACUCUGGUGCAACUAGUGGGGUGGUGCUGGCUGAUGGUACAGAAAUACUCUCUUCAAUGGUUCUUUCAAAUGCUACGCCUUACAAGACCUUCAUGGAAUUAGUGCCCAACAAUGUUCUUCCAGAUGAAUUUACCAGUAAUUUGAAGCAUUCUGACUAUAGCUCUGCAACUACAAAAAUAAACCUGGCUGUUGAUGAACUACCCAAGUUUGAAAGUUGCAAGUUGAGCCAUCCUGAUGCCGGGCCUCAACAUAUGGGCACUAUUCAUAUUGGUUCAGAGAGAAUGGAAGAGAUAGAUUCAGCCUGCCAGGAUGCUGUGAAUGGAAUACCAUCCAGGAGACCAGUUAUUGAGAUGACAAUUCCUUCUGUUCUAGACAAAACCAUUUCUCCUCCUGGUAAACACGUCAUCAACUUAUUCGUACAAUACACCCCUUAUAAGCCAUCAGAUGGAAGCUGGUCAGAUCCUGCUUACCGGGAGUCUUUUGCACAAAGAUGCUUCAGCUUGAUCGACGAAUUUGCACCUGGCUUCAGCUCAUCAAUAAUCGGCUAUGACAUGUUGACACCACCUGAUCUCGAAAGAGAAAUCGGUCUAACAGGGGGCAACAUAUUUCACGGAGCAAUGGGGUUGGAUUCUCUCUUCCUUAUGCGACCGGUGAAAGGAUGGUCAAGCUACAGAACUCCUGUCCAGGGCUUGUACCUAUGCGGCAGUGGAACCCACCCAGGCGGCGGCGUGAUGGGGGCACCUGGACGUAACGCCGCCAACGUCGUUCUUCAGGACUUCAAGAGACGAUGAAAGAAAAGGAAUUCCUCCUUCCAAAAUGCUCUUUCCAGUGUUGCAUUGACAGUUCCAGAAUCCAUGACUUCAAUGGAAGAACUGUGGUUCUAUAUCUCCCCUCUUGAGUACAGUCGUGAGGAUUCUCCUGUUGCUUUGAGUGGAAAUUACUCUGGAAUUUGAACAUCGCCUCAAUUUACGUACUAUGAGUGAAGUCGUCCAAAGAACAUAACGUAUUCCGCACCUUGUGUAACAUCACAAUACAGGCUAAGUACAGGGCCAGCUGUAUAGGAUAAGUUAACUCACUCAUGAACCUGUAGAACACAAACCAAAACCAAGCCAUGGAAUUGCAGCAAAUUUACUAAGCGGAUAUCAAGCUCAAUGGUUGAGGGCAGUCUAGAUUUCAAGAUCUGAAUGCACUUAGACUGCAACUUCAGCUUGCACUCUCGGGGCUUGUGCAUGUGCGACGAUCGAGAAUCAAUCUUUCAAGCGUCU